AUGGAGUUGCGCGUCGGAGGCAAGUUCCGUGUGGGUAGAAAGAUCGGCUCGGGGUCCUUCGGUGAUAUCUACCGCGGCACCAAUGUGGCGUCGGGUGAGGAGGUUGCCAUCAAGCUUGAGUUGAUCAAGUCUAGGCAUCCGCAGUUGCUCUACGAGGCGAAGUUGUAUAAGAUCCUCGCGGGCGGCAUCGGUGUCUCGAACGUGCAUUGGUACGGCGUGGAGGGCGACUACAACGUCAUGGUCAUCGACUUGCUCGGCCCAUCACUCGAGCACUUAUUCAGUUUGUGCAACAGGAAGUUCAGCCUGAAGACGGUCCUGAUGCUCGCGGACCAGAUGAUCAACCGCGUGGAGCACGUCCACGCCAAGAACUUCAUCCAUCGCGACAUCAAGCCCGACAACUGCCUCCUGCUGGACCACGUGGUGGUGGCCAGCAACAUCCAGCCUCUGCUCGAGAUCCACGGGCACACCCCGACGAUCUUCAAGAGCAUGGCGGAGGUAGACGACCCUAUCGCGUUCACGGUGAUGGGGGAGACGAAUAGGAUCAUUCCAAGCAAGGACACAUCCUCGACGAGCGACGUCGAGACCAUGAAGACGAAGCCCGAGGUAUGCAAGUACAGCGUCUCCAGCGAGACAGCUUCAGGGGAGAAGCGUGAACCUUCCUAUACAACAAUUCCAUGGUGGGGGACAAGCUCAGUGUUUUUACUGACUACUACCUUCCUCUUGAUGUGGGGCAUCAAGUGCAUCGUUUCAAGCAUCAUGACAAUGGGUAUCAUGGUGAUUUCGAACCUUGACUACACCUACAGUAUCUCAGAGAUACCGUGUGCUGGUUCAGAUUUUGACAUGGGCAACUUCUAUUUCGAGGUUGGCAAUUUUGACUACGAUCUCACGGUCGAGAUGAUCAUUCGCUACAUCAUCAUGACAACGGGUAUCAAGAUGAUUUUGAACCAUGACUACACUGAUAGUAUCUCAGAGAUACCUUGUGUAGGUUCAGAUUUUGACAGGGGCAACUUCCGUCUCGAGGUUGGCAAUUUUGAGUAUGCUCUCAUCGGUACGAUGAUUUGCAGCAAUAUCAUCAUGACAAUGGAGUGGAUUGGUUCAAGCUUUGACAGGCCAGACUCUCAUAUGUGGUCAGGCAUCAGGACGCACAUGACGGACAUCAUCUGGACUCAGAAGACGGACAACCACACGAACAUCGGGGACGACUAUUGCACUAUGAGGGAGAGUCAAGGGCAGCCACAGCUCGUGUCUCUUCCUUACUGGGCAGGUGUUAACCUGGAGGCUACAACAGCCUGGGAGAUGGACAGCACAACUCCCACCGACGAGUGCAUCCCUCCCACUCCAUCCAACGACGGGCCACUCACUGGCCUUACCAACUGCGAUAUAAGGGAGAACCAAGGGCGGCCAUGGCCUGUGGAUCUCUCUGGCUGGGCAGGUGUUAACCUGGAGGCUACAAAUGCCUGGGAGACGGAUGCCGAGCAGUGGCCCAUCCCUCCCACUCUCUCCAAUGACGGCUCCUUCAGCAUCUCAUGGACAGCAGUUCGGCCCUCGUGGUAUCGAAAGGUCAAGAACGCCAGAUCCCACCAGACGCAGCAGGACGCCCAGUCUCAAUACCACGCCGAACACGGCAACACUCCACCGGCACGCAGGUCAGGCUUCGCACCGAAGACAGGAUCAGCUGCUCGGAUCAGUGCUAACACUCGGACAGUCAAUAUCAUGUGUGCUGCCACUGCGACGACACUCACGGACAAACAAAAGAAGCAGUUGGCCAGCGACUCGAAACAAUUCAGCAUGCUAUACCAACUUUUCUCGACGGACUUCGAUUCCAAGAAGGCCGAAAUCAAAGCCAAACUGAACGAAUGGUCACAGGACAACCCUCCACGAGGAGACGACGGCCAACCAUCGACCAAGCGACCCAAGAAGAAGAAGAUCUCGACAACACAGAACGGGGACAAGCCACCACCGAACGAGCGACUCCACGAGAGCGGCCUCCGACUGCGGAACCUGUGGGAGCUCCCCGUCCUAGACGAUCCACCGACAUCAGAGUCCAGCGGGAUCUACCUCGCUAAGUCCGACGCAGAUGUUAUCAAUAUAAUGGAAUGGACCGAUAAGAACAACACGGAUUAUCCCAAUUACGUGGCUCUAUCGGUCUACUCGGCAGCUACAGCAACAGACCUGGAUAUCACGAUCAACUCCAUCAAGCAAUAUGACGGAGCUGCUAAAGGUACUGACGGGAUCUUCUUUGACACGGCAGGUUAUGACGAGAUUGGCAAGACACGCGAGCGCACAACGGCUGAGAUCACGCAAGCUCGGAACGCCCAGGACGCAGAGCUCAUGGUGACCCUAGCCACGACCCUAGCGGAGAAGUACCUGACAGCCCAGGAGGUAUCGGUAUUUCACGCCUUGGAAAUGGAAUCAGCUCAACUGGCAGGCUUGCACGGCGCUUGCCUAUCGAUCGACUGGUCCAAGUUCUUCUCUACGAUCCACCGCAACAUCGGCAACAAGCUGAUCAUCGAACACAUGGACCACGAGGUUCGCAAGCUGAACGGCAACGACUACUACACAAGCGCCACGCAAAACUACAUCAUAUUCUUGAACGAGUGGAGCGAGGCCCAGGCCACUAAGAUUGCAGGUUUGAUUCUCGACGAUCCUCGCGUCGACGGCUUCUUUGCGGAGAUAGCCACGUGGGCUCUAUGGAACUGGACACGGAGUAUUUACUUGACUGACUCGAGCUACGUCUGUCGCGGGCUGCUCAAGAUCAUCAACCAGCAGAAGACGAACUUCAAGUCCCACAGGGAUCUAUGGGCUCGGUUGCAGGCAGCAAUUGAGGCUAAAGGUAUUUGCGACUCCACGCAGACUAACAGGCAAGACCCGAAUGGCAAGCUCAACAACGCCAGCCACGCCUUCGACCACUUCACCGUCAGCCUUGACACAGCCGACAACUCCAGCGACAACUUCGACACCAGCAAGAGCCCCGACCAUGACAGCCACGAAGGCCGAACCCUAUCAGAAGUCACAUUCACGAAGAACGAUUGGCAAUGGAGACUUUCCAACGUGCCGGCCUUAUUCUGGUAUUGGUCAUCCACAUUCAUAGACACCGAGCCGCCAGAGAUACCAGAUCAAACUACCAUGGCGAUCGACCAGACGAGCUCAAUUAUGGCAGUUGUAGACUUCACUCUCGCGACGGUCCCCCCCAUCAAGCCCGACAACUUCCUCAUCGGCCUGGACAAGAAGGCAAACGUUCUGCACAUCAUCGAUUUCGGGCUUGCCAAAAAGUACAGAUCGCGAUACGGGAUUCUGCACAUCCCGUAUCGCGAGGGCAAGAAUUUGACAGGCACUGCCAGGUACGCGAGCGUGAGCACGCACCUCGGCAUCGAGCAGAGCAGGCGUGACGAUCUGGAGGCGGUUGGAUACGUGCUGAUGUACUUCACCCGCGGCAGCCUGCCGUGGCAGGGCCUAAAGGCCAACUCCAAGAAGGAGAAGUACGAGAAGAUCAUGGAGAAGAAGAUGUCUACACCGAUCGAGGUCCUGUGCAAACACUUUCCCGCCGAGUUCGUGACGUACCUCAACUACUGCCGCAGCCUGCGCUUCGAGGACCGCCCCGACUACGCCUACCUGCGCCGCCUUCUCAAAGACCUGUUCUUCCGCGAUGGCUAUCAGUGCGAUUUUGUGUUUGAUUGGGCAAGUUUGAACUAUCAAGCGAGUCAUGGUAAGCGAGCCGGAGACGAG